AUGGACAAGGGAAUCGAUUCCUUUAACGAUUCGGGUUCUGACAGUGACGUUGCAACGAAUAGUCAGUACACUGAGUUGCAAACUGCAAUUAUCAAGUGUGAUUUGGAGUUUGUUAAAAGGAAUGUUGAUGCGAAAGCGGUUAUUGUGAUCGAAGGACUUCCCCUGUUGCAUUAUGUAAUAAAACAGAACAAAUUUGAUAUUGCAUCGUAUUUGAUCGCUUCUGGUGCCAAUGUGAACCAACUCAACUCGCAGUCACAAAACUCGCUUCAUGUUGCAGCCGAAGUUGGUAAUGUGAAUAUCGUGGGUUUAUGUCUUCAACACGGCGCGAAAAUCGAUGCCCGAGACAAAAAGGGUUUUACUCCUAUUCAUAUCGCCGCAAUGCACGGCCAUGCGACCGUCCUCUCGAUGCUCUACCUAAAGAAGGCCAAUCUCGAUGUUCGCGACAACAAAGGCCGAACGCCUCUAAUGCUGGCGUGUCUCGACGACAACAUCAUCGUCCAUCCCAUCCACACACUCGAUCCUUAG